AUGAGCAAUAGAACUGGAGGCGAUGGCUUCGCUAUGGUUGCUGCCAGACAUGCUAUGAUCUCCUCCGAGGCUGGUUCUGAAAACUACCGAGCACUGCCAUCCUCUUACCGUCGACGCAUCCGGAAGUCAAGGUCCCUCGCGACGGUACACCAAAGUAGCAACCUUCGUCUGCGAAUCCAACGUUCUGUUCCAUUCCUUCGUCGGCAAAGCACAACCGUAUUCCACAAGAGCUCAAGUUCACCAUGGGAAAGGCACGACGAAGCCGUCCAGCUUGCUCGAGCACAGUACUUUGGCGGGUCCGAUCAUCACGACACACAAGAACUAGAGCUGUAUAGCUUCCACAAGAUCGACAGGAAAGAGCAUCACAAGUUCAGAAAAUCGGUUCGUGGAAGUCUGACUGCAGAUGCCCACCUUCCACCCGCAGUCAAGAGAUCGUCCUCGUUUACUGCGACGAUUCGCAACCGUGUUCGACAGGUUAUUGGAAGGACUUGGAACAGGAAAGACACCCUUCCCCCUCAACAGCUCGAGGCCCAGCGCAACUACUUUUCGGAGCUAGACCGGGAUGUCGGGCCUCCGUGUGGGUUUGAUGCAUACGCAGCCGCUGAAGAUACUCUGCGAAAGACGGAUUUCGACCCUUCUGUCCCCGAACAUGAUGUCCUCGAAGACCUGGACAAGGUUUCCUAUACUCUUGCGUCUGCGACGAGCCAUGAGAGCCUUCACUCCAAUGGAGGAUCCCGGGUGACCAGCUGGACCAACUCCAGCAUGACGGGCUCCAUUGGUUUGCGUUCAGGUCUGAUGGAACGCAAUCGAUUGUCGAUCAUCAAGGAAGACGGUGGACCACACCAGCCUUCGUCAUCUGCAGGGAAACAUAUCGGAGGAGUGGAAAUAUUCCGCGAGCCUCUACAGCCAGUUACAAACGAUGGUGUGAUAGCCUCUGCUGUUAACACUCAACGAGUUUACUCUGCUUUGAUCAAACGAAUCAAUGAAGAAGAAGCAGAAGUUGAAAGGACGCGACUUGCGGUCGAGACUCUCGACCAGGAGCGCGAAGGGGUCAACAGAGGUCUACUUGCGGCAAGACAGACUGUCAGAGCAGUGCAGAGCGAUUCCUCGCUGGCGACUUUAACGGCCGACCAUCAGAGCCGGCGCUUUAGCAGUCGCUCUACCUCGUGGGACCUGGAUUCGACAACCAAUGAUCCUACGACGGAUGCCCGAUGUAAGGAGAACUCUGGCAGGGCACGGGAGCGGCUAGUCGAGCAAGAAUCGCAGUCAAGCUUCUUUCCCUUCUCGAGCGAAAAGAGUCCGGACACCCCAAGUCCUUUCAAGAAGUUCCUGAACGAGAGGCGAAGUCGGGCUCGUAACCGGAGCAGGAGCCGAAGCAGCGGUCGCGACCAUGCAGCAGAUGCGGACGGCGCAAGCGUCAUCAUCACUCGACAUUCUAGCAAUCCUGUGAUGAAUCGACCUCGGUUUGCUUUGAGCAGCGCCAGCAUUUACUCGCGAACUACGAAUGGUGGAUCGAACGACCAGUACCGCCUUCCAGUCGACAGUUCAGAGGAGCUGCUUGCCCCAGCGCACACAGGAUCUGAAUCAAUGGGGAUGGCGUCGAUCUUGCCAGUCAAACAUGCUUCUUGUGAUCGAAGUCAAUGGAAUCCAUGGUCAGACCCAGUCGAUGUGCGACUCUCUGCGCCCGAACACAACCCACACACCCGGGAAAGAGCUCAGAUUAGGUCCGAAGAGGACUCGGCCAGCAGAGAUGAAAUGCUCUCCGGGAACAAUACCGGUGGAACUCCUCGCGCUGAUCUGAACGCCUUCCCUGGAACGGAGACGCCGAAAGUGCGCAUUGACACUGCUCCGAGUCAGGCUCACGAUCAGCUACGCAACAAGUUGAGUGCCGAUGCGCUAAGCAACAUUUCCAACAAGGCCGAUGAUGGGAGUAAGGACAGUAGGAGUCUGCGGAAGCUAAGCCCAGGAAACCUGGCAAAGAUGUUCAAGGAUAGAAAACCGCAGAAGCCUCUCAGACCUCAAAGCUCGGGCAAAGAAAACAGUCCGGCGGCUCGAGAGGGCUCGCCGCCAAUUAGCACGCCAGGGCGACUCCAUCUUCAAUUCCGAAACGGUCCCUCCACGGGUCGGUUACGCCAGAAGGCUGGCGAAACGGCGUUCUAUACUCGAAACGGUGUCUACUCGACGCCUCAAGGCUCCGUCUCGAGCACACCCAGCCGAUCACACGAGAGUCCGAGUGAGAAUGCCAAACACCAUCUGGUGGCCCGACUCUCUCGGCCGUUCAAUAUGGAUGUGCCUCCACACAAUCGCCCCUUCGAUAGCAUGUACCUCGGGAAACGGACGUUUGGCCAUCCUGACACGUUCGGGGACAACCGAUUGAGCGUCGCGCCCAGAAUCUCUGAAGAUGUGACUGAGCCGAACAAGGAACUUGCGCCAGACGAAACGGACGCAAUGCCAUCCAGAUCCUACUCUGCCGGGAGAAGUGCGGCAAAAAUGUUCGGCCUCCUUGGCAGUAAGAGGAUGGUGAGCAACUUUCUCAAGAGUCGACGAGGGGAUAGGAGCACGAGUGCAGGCGAACAAAAUGUGGCAAACGGAAGCCCAGCGUUCAUCUAG